AUGCUUAGAACUACUCAGUUUAUACAAAAAAGAUUAGCCUCAACAGGUAAAGAUCUCUUGCGAACUCCAUUAUACCAAGCACACAUUGACCAUGGUGGGAAAAUGGUUGAGUAUGCUGGCUUCGAAAUGCCCGUCUUGUACAAGGAUCAAUCUCACAUUGAGUCACAUAAAUGGGUGAGAUCGAAUGUUGGUUUAUUUGAUGUGAGUCAUAUGUUACAGCACAACAUCUCGGGAUCAGAGUCAAAAUUGUUUUUGCAGAAAGUUACUCCAAUUGAUUUGGACCUGUUGGCUACUAAUAGUUCCAGCUUAUCUGUGCUAUUAAACAAAGAUGGUGGAGUAAUUGAUGAUUGUAUAAUUACAAAACAUGGUGAGAACGAAUACUAUAUGGUGACCAAUGCUGGAUGCAGGGCCAAGGAUGUGGAUUUUUUGAAAAAAGAACUUUUGCAAUUCCUGGAUGUCAAGCACAAUACUUUUGAAGGUACUCUUUUAGCUAUCCAAGGUCCCAAGGCUCAAGAUUUACUCCAAAAAUUUACUAAUGAAGAUUUGGGCAAGAUUUAUUUUGGUCAGACCAAGUUUUUGAAACUAUCACCAAUCAAUGCAACUGUGCAUUUAGCGAGAUCUGGUUAUACGGGAGAGGAUGGAUUUGAAUUGUCUAUUCCAUCUACAAGCGAAGUAGAACAACAAGAAGCCUUGAGUUUCUUCAACACUUUAAUUGCCGAAUAUCCGGAAAUUGUCAAACCAAUUGGGUUGGCAGCUAGAGACUCAUUGAGAUUAGAAGCUGGUAUGUGUUUAUAUGGCCAUGAACUAACUGAAGAUCUCACGCCAGUCGACGCAUCAUUAACGUGGUUGAUCCCAAAAACACGCAGAGAGUUGGGAGAGCAGAGCUUUAAUGGUGCAGCCAAAAUAUUGAGUCAAAUCAAGGAUAAAUCAACAACCAAGAGAAGGAUUGGUAUUACAUCUAAAGGUCCCUCGCCACGUGAUGGUAACAAGAUCUUUGCAGAAGACGGCAAGACCGAAGUCGGCUAUGUUACUUCUGGUUCGCCCUCCCCAACACUUGGAGGUAAUAUUGCUCAAGCGUACAUCGAUAAGAAGGCUAAAAUUGGCUCUAAUGUCAAGGUAGACAUUAGAGGUAAAUUGAGAGAUGCUGUAGUGACCAAAUUACCAUUUGUCGAAAGCAAAUUUUAUAAACAGUAA